CGGAAGUCACCUUGUUAGCUUGAUUAAUUAAUCGUUAGCAUCUUUGACAGCUCUACAGGAGAAGACAAAAUGGCAGCUAUGAAGAUGUGCAUCAGAAAGAGCAAAGAGGAAACUGCCGAGUGGACUGGGUUAUUCCCGAGCGAUUUGAAAACAGAGCAAGAGUCGCUGGUGUUCGUGAAGAGGAUGAUGGCGGUAGCAGUCUCCUCCAUCACCUACCUCAGAGGGAUCUUUCCAGAGGAUGCCUACAGGUCCAGAUAUGUGGAAGAUUUGUGCAUCAAAGUUUUGCGUGAAGACUGCGCCACCCCUGGUGCCAGCAAAGUUGUGAAAUGGAUGAUGGGCUCCUUUGAUGCAUUAGAGAAGCGCUACGUGUACACCAAUCCAGAUGAACCCAAUUGCAUCAUCGAGUCCUACCAGUUCAAAUUCAAAUACACUGAGAAGGGGCCACAGAUGGACAUACUCAGGAACAAUGACGUGGAGGCGCAGGUGACACUGGAGGACACCAAGAGAGCCUUGGUGUUGCUCAUCAGGAAGCUCUUCCUGCUCAUGCAGAACCUGAAUGCCCUCCCCAACAACGUGUGCCUCACCAUGAAGCUCUACUAUUACGACGACAUCACUCCUGAUGACUACCAACCACCAGGCUUCCGGGAGGGCGAAUGUGACAGCCUCUGGUUUGAAGGCAUGGCGGUGCACUUCAAGGUGGGCGAGGUGCAGACGCCGUUCCACACCUUGAGAGUGCGCGUGUCAGCGGAACAAGGCCGGCUGGAGAAGCUCAAAGAAUGGAACCAAGGGAUUGAGACCAAGCAGGUACCUCAGAGUAACCCUCCACAGAGGGAACUGAUCGAGGAUCCUCGUAAGAGAAUAAAUGACGAAGAGGAUCUUCCUUCUGAAGACGAGUCUGCACAGUUCAAGAAACCUAAGAGACCUGUGGCAAAGAGACUUGCAGCUGCCAAAACUCUGUUGAGGAAAAGAAGAAGAAUUUAGCCGUGUGAUUACACAAAACAAAAGCUCUGUCAGUGAUGUGAGCACAAAUGUGAGGUGUUUCUUCAUUUACUUCCAACGUUAGACUGUUU